AAAACUGCACACUGAAAAUGGGGAAUGGAUCAUCAUUUGGAGAUCAAGGAGCUGCACCAAGAUGUUGAGGCCAUUACGAUGGAGAAAUUCAACACUGAACGUUACUAUGAAGAUCUUCUCUCAGAAGAGAGGGAGGAGAAGCAGGCCUUGCUUCUGGAAAUUCAGGAGCUUAAGGAGAAGCUGGAGAAAGCUGAAUCCAAGGACCAAGGCCUGGUGGGCAGAGAUGAGACAACGUGCUGCACCACAAUGCAGGAACUACAACAAGAAAUGAAGGAGAUGGAAAAGAAACACCGUCAGGAAAUUGAGAUGCUCACCAUUGAGCUUGAAGUUGAUGUCGCUGUGGCUCAGAAAGAGGUGGAGAAGCUCCAGAAAAAGCUGAAGAAUGAAAAAGAUCUUGGUGCAAAUAGUGAUUCAGCGAAAAGGGAAGCCAUCAAGAUUCCCCUAAAAUUGUGUAGCCACUGUGAAGAAUUGAAGAAAGUCUCCACUGAACAUUCAACAGAAAUCAAAGUUCGAGAUGAGGAUAUUCCUUAUCCAGAUGUCCAACUGCUUCAAGAAAUGCUUCAGAGAGAGAGAAAGCUGAGGAUUCAGGCUGAAAAUGAAAAUUUUGAUCAAUUUAAAUGUGCUGAUGCUUUCUUUGAAAUGAUGGAGCAAGAACUGAAAACAGAACGAGAACAUAGAGCCCAAAUUGAGGCGGACAGAGACGAAGCUGUGGAGAUUGCAGAGCAACUAAUUAAAAAGCUUGAGGACGUAGAGAAAACGUCCAAGGAGGCUCCAUCUGCGAUCACUUUGUCUGAUGAGAAACUCCAACAGCUGGAGAAAACCAUCCACGAAGAGAAAGCACUAAGGGUCCAGGCAGAGAAUUUCUUAGAAGUACUGGACCAAGAACUAAAAACAGAACUAAAACUUAGAGCCCAAAUUGAGGCAGACAAACAGGAAGCUAUAGAGAUUGCUGAGCAACUACUCAAAAAGCUUGAGGACGUGGAGAAAACGUCCAAGGAGGCUCCACCUGCGAUCGCGUUGGAUGAUCAGAACAAAACUCAGCUGGAACUCCAACAGCUGGAGAAAAACAUCCAAGAAGAGAAAGCACUCAGAGUCCAGGCAGAGAAUUUCUUGGAAGUACUGGACCAAGAACUAAAAACAGAGCAAAAACGUAGAGCCCAAAUUGAGGCUGACAAACAGGAAGCUAUAGAGUUUGCAGAGCGACUAAUCAAAAAGCUUGAGGAUGUGGAGAAAACGUCCACAGAGGAUCCAGCUGAGAUCACUUUGGAUGAUCAGAACAAAUUUGAACUGGAACUCCAAAAGCUAAAGAAAAUACUCCAAGAGGAGAAAAGACUAAGGGUCCAAGGAGAGACCAAAAAUGCUGCUCUCUUGAAAACUGUAGAGUUGCUUCGGCAGGAAAAAGACAAAGAAGUGCAGAAAGAAAGGGCUCUAAGAAAAGAGGCAGAAAGAGGGAAGCUGGAGUUGGAAAAGGUAAGUGAUAAACUUUACCAGGGCUUAGAAAAAGCUUCUAAGAUGACACAGAUGCUCUCAGCUGAGACCGAACUCCUUACCAACAAGCUUCAGGCAGAGGACAAGAAACAAAGAUCUCUAUUCGAAGAUGUCCUGGAACUCACCCUCCUGCUGGAAAAGGAGAAAACCCUUAUACUCGAGGCAGAGAACUAUGAGAAGGAGGCCGUAGAAAUUGUAGCGUCUUUACCGAAGGAAGCAAAACAUAGAACCUGGAAGAACAAAGAUUUGAAAAAGAAAUACCAUUGCAUCAAAGUUUAA